UUGAAGUGAGUGCAGCUAUGAUUAUAUUCAGUGAUUUGGUGUCUUGUAGUGAAUGUUAAUCACGCGUCUCUCAGGUCGGUCGGUGCGUUUGCCGUCUGUGGGACUGAGAUCCUCUCUGCUCGCUCGUCCCGGGGUCAUGGUUGAAGAGGGGCAGCAGAGUUUGGAGGCGCGGGGGAGCCCCGUACCGGAGGACGAGCAGGUCCCGUUCCCGCUGCUGCAGGGCGAGUGUGUGGAGCGUGUCGGGAGAGCAGAGGAGUCUGUCAUUGCCUUAACCAGCUACCGCCUUCACAUCAAGCUGCAGGAGAACCUCAUCAAUGUUCCUCUGCAGCUGAUUGAAAGUGUGGAGUGUCGGGAUCUGACGCAGCUGCAUCUCACCUGUAAAGACUGUAAGCUCAUCAGGUGUAACUUUCUGUCGGCGGAGCAGUGCCAGGAUUGGCUGCGGAGGAUCAGCGCAGUCGUUCGACCGCCGGCGCAGCUGGAGGAGCUCUUCGCCUUCGCCUUCCUCUCGUGUAGCGCCAGCGUCUCCGCCGAGGACAGAGAGGUGCAUGAUGGGAUCUGCCGUGCAGGUACUGGACCGUGUAACUUUCUGUCGGCGGAGCAGUGCCAGGAUUGGCUGCGGAGGAUCAGCGCAGUCGUUCGACCGCCGGCGCAGCUGGAGGAGCUCUUCGCCUUCGCCUUCCUCUCGUGUAGCGCCAGCGUCUCCGCCGAGGACAGAGAGGUGCAUGAUGGGAUCUGCCGUGCAGUCUCCUUCUGUUCUCUGGUCAGCUGGCUGUCGGCGUUGGAGGGCACUAAAUGGCUGCAGCAUCUGUCUCUGCUGCUGAAGGCGUCUCUUCUGGUGGUGAACGCAGUGCAUCGGGACCGCAGGCCUGUGCUGGUGCACUGCUCCGACGGCUGGGACCGCACGCCUCAGAUAGUGGCUCUGUCCAAACUCAUGCUGGAUCCCUUCUACAGGACCAUUGAGGGUUUUCAGGUGCUGGUAGAGGCUGAGUGGUUGGAUUACGGUCAUAAGUUCGCCGACCGCUGCGGUCACGGUGAGAACGCGUGCGAUCUGAACGAGCGCUGUCCCGUGUUCCUGCAGUGGCUCGACUGCGUUCACCAGCUCCAGAGACAGUUCCCAUGCUCCUUCGAGUUCAACGAGGCCUUUCUGGUGAAGUUAGUGCAGCACACGUACUCGUGUCUGUUUGGGACGUUCCUGUGUAACAGCGUGAAGGAGCGCGAGGAGCAGCGCGUUCAGGAGAAGACGUGCUCCGUUUGGUCUCUGCUGCGGCCUGCCAACACUUCCUUCCACAACAUCCUAUACUCGCUGCGAUCCGAGAAGGUUUUGCACCCGGUGUGUCACGUGAGGAAUCUGAUGCUAUGGAUUGCCGUCUACCUGCCUAACUCCGCCCCCUCCACGCCUUCAGACGAGUCAUGUGUGCCACACUCCGCCCCCUCAGCCUCGCCCGAGGACACACCUGUGAGCAGGUAAAC